CUGUUUCCAACGUUCCCAACCGCCACAACUUUCUCACCACCAAAGUUUGUUUACGAAACGCAGAAGAAAGGAAAAAAGAAAUAGGAAGUGUGUGAUAGCGCUUUUUUCACUGGUUUUGUUUCUCCCGAACCAAACAGGAGAUGGAGAAGAAGAAAGCGUUGCGUGGAGUACAGAAGAGAAAGCCCACUAAGCGUAGCAAGAAAAAGCUGCUCAAGAAAGUAGUAGACUAUCUCAGAUCGGAUUCUUACAUGUUUGCUCCUCUCAUCUCUUCCCAAUCUAAGACUCUUCGUUCUUCUGCUGAAAGAGCGGAAGUGAGAGAACCCACCAGAGAAAACAAGAACAAAAGGUUAAUCGAGAAGAUUGGGGAGUAUCUGAAGUGUGAUACCUAUAUGUAUGCUCCAUUGGUUGAUCCUCCUCGAUCAAUUAGUCCUCUUCCUACAGUUUCAACACAGAAUGUCACCAUGGAAGACAAUGAACCAACAGAUUGGUCAUCAGAUAUAGUAGGGAAGGAUCAAACCUCCAAGAGCUUUCUUCACGAAACUAGCAUCUCUGAAGAACAAACUUUUGGGCACGGAGAGAUGGUGAAGCACAUGGUUUACAAAAACUGUCACUCUACAUCCGUUUCAGGAAAGGGAAAGCUCAACUCACAGCUGAGGAAGUUCAUUGUUGAAUGAAAACUCUCUCCAUCAAUGUACUUAAAUAUACAGGCAUCUUGUACUUAUAUUUAUAUGUCGUAGUUAGUGAGACUGUUGGUAAAACUUAUGCUGGUAUGUUGUCCAUGAGUCUGUAAAGUUUCUUGUUAUGAAGAGUCUGUAUAGUUUGUUAUUAUGAAGACGAGUAGCAGUGCUUCUGUUAAUUGUCGCCGACAUAGAUUCAUCCCCUUUAAAGGUGAACUCAGGAGGUGCUAAAUAGGAGUUUCGGAUUGAAAGACAUUGAAUUCGUUCGUCAAA